AAUAACAGAACAAUUCAAUUUCUGAUUCUAAGUUCAUAAUUCAAAUUUGAUACUUGACACAACUAGAAUAGUUGAUAAUUAAAUUUCUCCCAUUUACAAUAUUCCCCAUGUUCACCCUUGUACAAUUCUCAAUCAAAUUUUCACACUUGAAACCCAAUUUCAACUUCAAUUUCUUCCAUGAUGGUGCAUACAGGACACAACCCACUUUUUCUUUCUCUCGUUUGGACCCAAAGUUUACUUCUUUUCAUCUGGGUAGCUUCAAGUUGAGAGCAUACAGGGAGAGAGGUUCCUUCUUGGGAGGUAAAGUGUAUAAAAAUGGGGUUUUGAUGGGAGAGAAAGGGUGCAAGAAGAAAAAGAGAGUAGUUUUGGUGAAAAAUAAUCAAGGGUUUGGAUUCAAUAAUGGUGGUGGUGGUGGUGGAAGGGAUGAUGGUGGGACUGCUAGGAUUUUGGGUAAUCUUGCUUUGGCUAUUGGGUUAACUUAUCUUUCAGUGACUGGACAGCUUGGAUGGAUUUUGGAUGCUAUUGUCUCCAUUUGGAUCUUUGCAGUGUUAGUACCGAUAGUAGGUCUCGGUGCUUUCCUCUGGUGGGCAGGAAGAGAUAUAAUGAAAGGCACUUGUCCAAACUGUGGAAAUGAUUUUCAGGUUUUCAAAUCCACUUUAAAUGAGGAAUUGCAGUUGUGCCCCUUUUGCGGUCAACCUUUUUCUGUUGAUGGCAAUGAGUUUGUAAAGGAAUCUGUGAACUUUUCAAACCAAUCUACAACAUUUGGACAAGCUUUUGACAAUAUCUCGCGAUCUAGAAACGACGAGGAUUCCGGUAGAGCAAUUGAUGUUGAAGCUGAAAUAAAAGACGCAGAUUGAGUCUUUGCUGAGUGUGUCCUCAAUAUUCACAUACUAGAGGAAAGAGUGUAGUAGUGUGCAUGCAUGGUAGCACAUUUUAGAGAGGAUAGGAAUAUAUUGAUUUGAGUAGCAUUACAAUUGUAAUAUAAUUUUUGACAGUGAUGUUUCUCUUUCACA